AUGGACAUUCAAACCCUCUACAACCUCUUCCAGGCCACAUUCCAGCCUGACCCCAACGUCCGCAUCCAGGCCGAGCUGCAGCUCAAGCAGCUCGAGGGUACCCAGGGUGCCCUUUUGGCGUCGAUGCAGAUUAUUGGAUCCGAGGACUCUGUUAUCCAUGUCCGUCAGGCUGCCUCCAUCUACUUCAAGAACGCUGUUAAGCGUUACUGGUUCGAGACAGAGUCAACCCCCGCCCACCUCAAGAUCUCUGAGAGUGACAAGGACGCCAUCAAGGGAAGCAUCCUCCAGCUCCUCGCUUCGGCUCCCCAGAUCGUCCGUACCCAGUUGCUUACUGUCCUCGGAACAAUCUUGUCCAACGACUUCCCCGCUAAAUACCCCGGCUACCUCACUCAGGUUCAGUCGCUGCUCCAGUCUCAGGAUCCCAAGAUUGUCUUUGUUGGUCUCUUGGCAUUGAAGGAGGUCACCCGCGUUUACAAGUUCAAGGUGUCGGACCGUGAGCCCGUUGACGAGAUUAUUGCGACCUUCUUCCCCGCCAUUCAGCAAAUCGGAACAGGACUGGUCAGCGCCAAUAACGUGGAAGCCGCCGAGAUGCUCAAGAUCAUCUUUAAGUGCUACCACCACACCAUCCAGAUCGACCUCUCCGAGCGUCUUCGCGACAACGCCUCGUUGGUUCCUUGGGGAACUCUUUUCAUCCAAAUGGUCGAGAAGCCCGUCCCUACUGAGGGCCUUCCCACUGACUUAGAGGAGUUGGAGAAGCACCCCUGGUGGAAGGCCAAGCGCUGGGCAUACCAGUGCUUGAACCGUCUGUACACUCGCUACGGAAACCCUACCGCUUUGACUUCCGAAUCCAAGUUCAAGCCCUUUGCCAACAGCUUCAUUGUCAACUUUGCCCCCAACAUUUUGACUGCUUACUUGAAGCAGGUUGAGCUCUGGGUUGCUAAGCAGGCUUGGCUCAGCCCUCGCGUCCUUUGCUUGAUGGGCAACUUUUUCGAAGAGAGUGUCAAGGAUAAGCAUAUCUGGUCGAUGAUGAAGCCUCACUCCGAGACUUUGAUUACCCACUUUGUCUUCCCCCAGUUGUGUUUCACCUCCGAGGACGAGACCCUCUGGGUCGAUGACCCUGUUGAAUACGUUCACGCCAAGAUUGACGUUCUUGAGGAUUUCACCAGCCCCUCGACAGCUGCGACCAACUUUAUGACCGUCAUGGCCCGCUACAGACAGAACGCCUUCAUGCAAAUCCUCGCUCUCGCCAACAGCGUCCUUCAAAAGUACAACGAGUCUCCUGCCGAGGCCAAGAACCCCAGAGAGAAGGAUGGUGCUCUCGUUAUGAUCGGGGCCCUUGCCCCUUUGAUCCUCCGCAAGAAAUCAUUGUCGUCGAUGAUGGAGCCCUUCUUUGUCAACCAUGUCUUCCCCGAGUUCAAGAGCCAGUACCCCUUCCUCCGUGCUCGCGCUUGCGAGAUGGUCAACCAGUUCAGCGAUUUGGACUUUGAGGACUCGAACAACGUUGCAUUUGCUUUCACCAGCUUGAUGGAGAACCUCCGCGACAGCCAGCUCCCCGUCAAGGUCACUGCUGCCUUGGCCCUCCGCCCCAUGAUCCGCCACGAGGCCGUCUGCGAGGCCAUGAAGCCCCACCUCCAGUUCAUCAUGCACGAGCUCUUGGCCAUGACCAACCAGAUUGAUGUCGACACCCUCUCCGAAGUCAUGGACGAGUUUGUCGAGGUCUUUGCUCAGGAUUUGGCUCCCUUUGCUGUCCAGCUCUGCGAGCAGUUGCGUGACACCUUCCUCAGGAUCUGCGCCGAUAUGGGACCCAGCUCCGAUGGUGUCGAGGCUAUCACUGACCGUGCUAUUGACGAGGCUUCGGACAAGACUAUGGCUGCCAUGGGUGUCUUGAAGACCAUGGGCACCUUGAUCCUGAGCUUAGAGAGUACGCCCGAGGUGUUGAACCAGCUCGAGAUUGCGCUCUUGCCCGUCAUCACCUUUACCCUCCAGAACGCGAUCAUUGACCUCUUUGAUGGUGUCUUUGAGAUCAUCGACAGCUGCACCUUCUCGGCCAAGGCCAUCUCUGCCAACAUGUGGGGUGUCUUUGAGUUGAUCUACAAGACUUUCAAGGAGUCGGCUCUGGAUUUCAUGGAAGAGAUGUUGCCCUCGCUAGACAACUACAUUUCGUACGGCAAGGAUGUCUUCUCGACCAACGAGAACGUCCAGCACAUUAUCUACGAUAUCAUCGAGUCUGUCAUGAAGUCGGAUCGCUUGGGCGAGAAUGACCGUGUCCAAGCUUGCAAGCUUGCCGAGUCCUUGAUGUUGAACUGCCGUGGCCAUGUCGACAAGUACAUUGCCCCCAUCCUCAACUUGGUGUUCCACUACUUGGCCCCCGAGGAGGGCAUUCAGACAGUCGAGUUCCGUAUCCAGGCUCUUGAGGUUGUCAUGAACGCGCUCUACUACAAUGCCCCUGUCACAUUGAGGCUCUUGGAGGAGAACGGAUGGACCCAGCGGUUCUUGACCGUCUGGUUCACCAACUUGGACAAGUUCUCGCGUGUCCAUGACAAGAAGCUCUCGAUCUUUUCCCUCUGCUCGAUCUUGAACGUUCCUGUUGCCCAGUUGCCUCCAGCUCUCCAGAGUGGAUGGCCUCAGAUCUUGAACGGCAUCUUGACCAACUUUGAGGGUCUUCCUGUUGCUCAAGCCAAGCGCAAGGAGAUGGAGAAGUUGUACAACAUUGGAUCGGACGACAGCGACGAAGAUAGCGACGCGGACAGCAACGCCGGCGACGACAGCGAUGACGACGACGAAGAAGAGACAAACGCUCUUGAGGCCGCUCUGGCCGGCGACGACGAUGUCGAAGAAGAAUGGGUCGACGACGAAGAAGAUGUCUACGACGAGGGACACGAGUACCUCGAGUACCUUGCCCAGCAGGCCUCCAAGACCCGUGCCGUUAAGACUGACGGAGGCGAUGAGGAAGAAGAAGAGGAGGAGGAUUAUGAAGAUGACUUUGGCGAUUUGGAGGAGGAGAUUUAUUUCGAGUCUCCCCUGGAUGAUUUGGAUCCUUAUAUUGUGUUCCGUGAGGUCUUUACGGGACUCCAGCAGCAUAACCCGGCUUCGUAUGCGGAGUUGACUAAGGAGACUACGCCUGAGCAGCAGGAGUAUAUUGUCCAGUUGAUUAAUGUUGGAGAGGUCAAUGCUACCGCUGCUGCCGAGGACGCCGCUGCUGCUGCCGCUGAGGUUUAA